GCCAAUGGCGAAGCAACAGUUGUCUUGUUGUCAAAACUUGGAUUAUUAUUGUGAUUGUUGAUUUAGUUUGAAAGAUGUUAAUUUUUGUUAAAUGACAAGAAUCGGACUGCCCUUUAUGAUACGAUUCAUUUUUUAGGUCAAUCAGUUCAAACGUUAAUUUUUUCGUUUGUUUACUAACAUGGUGAUAUUUACAAACAUCAGAUUCCUCAAUUGUAUUUUAUAGUAUAAUAUUUUACAUUUAAGUGAAGUGGAUUUUAUGUCUUAUGUGAAAAUUAUGGAGAAUCCUUCCUCAAGAAAUACACUUCAUUUUUCCUCUGUGUAUGGCUGAUCUCAGGAGAAAACUUCUUAAAGUGGCCUGAUCAUAACAGAUGAGUGUGGUGGAAGCGGCGGUGAGGCAGACAGCGACGAAGACAUUGUGACAGAGUACCAAGUGGCUUCCGUUGUCGCCGGUGGUAUGCGACCUGGCAGCGGGCAGGGUGGCCACGGCCCUCUGCCCACUAUCAGCGUGACACCCCAUUCGCCCGCGAACAAAACCUACCCCGUGCUAGAGGACAGCCUGAGGCAGGUGAGGGACCUCUCCGAGACCGUACACCAGAUGCGACAUCAGUCCGCGUCACAAAGUUCCGGCGUGCCUUCAAUAAAAGCGAUACCCGUGUCGGCUUUGAACCCGUUCCUCACGCAGGUGGCCAGACUUAGCGCCAGCUGCCCAGCCCUUAACGAAGUCAUGACUGAACUGGAGACGUUGGGGGGAUCCCUGGGCUCUUCCCCGAUGCACCCGCCACUGAGCAGGAAGAAUAGCGGUGCCCAAGAUUGGCUCCGACAGCCAGACGCUAACAGACAAAGAAGAAGGUCUUGGACUGCUCUCGAAGAUCUUCGGGAGGGAAGAGAGAAGGUUAAGCAGAGAAGACAGAGGAGCGUUUCGCUCAGUAGUAUGGAAUCUGAAGCAGACGAGUCUAUAUGGGAGAAUGUGGACAAUAUAGAUGGCAGUACUGUUCGCCUUCUUGGGCCCGAGAGGCCAAUUCCCAUCAGACAUCGGGUAAACAGGACCUCUGGAGGAGGGGCAAGUACUCAUUCACUGAAUGAAGCGGACUUACAGAACGACUUCAACAAGGUGAAAGCCAAGAGGGAAGCGGAACAACUGAGGUUGUCGCCUCAGAGGCUGCCUCUGCAAAAAUCCAUUUCGACACCAUCAAUAAUAGCCGCGGGGGACCUUGUCGUCGAGCCGACCCUUGUGGGUGCCCAGCCGACGCUUCCUAUCUUGUUGUAUAGGGCCCGACCUAGCUGCACAGAGAGCGAGACAGAGGAAGAGAGCGUCCAAUUGGUGAGGGCUUCGUACAAUUCGCAUAUCAUACACAAAGUGGGCUACGACAGGCACUCGGAGAAAAGGAGGAAGAGAGGAAGUCUAUUCUUCAGGAAGAAGAAGGAUAAGAGCAAGAAACUGCACCAGUGGGUGUCUGCGUGCUACGGCUCGUCCCAAGUAUGUGAUUCAUGCAAUAAGGAACUCAGCAAUAAACCGGCCCUGUAUUGCGAAUGUUGUGGAACAACUGUCCACCAAAACACAUGCAAAGAUAAUAUAGUAGAAUGUACGAAACCGAAAGGAAUGAAGUCUUCAGGAAAAUUAGGAGCGUUUUCAGUGACUCUUCCCAACAAUAAAAACUCUAUGUCUAAACGAGGAUCAGGAACUCUUCCUGGGAUGUACAACUCGUCCAGUCAAAUUCUGAUGGGAGAUGAUAAGGAUAACGACCAUCAUGGGCAUCAUGAAUCAGUGAAUUAUCCGGAUGAUGUACCUUUAGUCCCAUUGGAAUUUUUAUCUGAUUCACCUUUGACGGCUUCAGAUUUGUGUAGUGACUAUAGUUUAGGAUUCAGCGACGCAGAACCAGAGUCUUGGAGCCAAUGUGUUGGUAGAGAAAUAACAAAAAAACUUAAGGAAAAAGAAAUAAAGAGACAAGAACAUAUAUAUGAAUUUAUAUUGACUGAAAAACACCACUGUAUGAUAUUGUUAGUGAUGCAAAAGAUAUUCGUUGAAGGUUUGCAAAAGCACUUUCAGCUAGGGCCGAAUCUUGAAAGAAUGUUUCCCCGACUGGCUGAUUUAAUUGAAUUACAUUUAGGAUUUUUGUCAAGAUUGAGGCAAAAGCAGAGGGAAGGGCCAAUAAUAAAUUCUAUCGCAGAUAUCUUAUUGGAUAUGUUUUCUGGUGCUUACGCUACUAAGUUGAAAUCAGCUUAUGGCGAGUUGUGUAGUAGACAUGGUUAUGCUCUAGAAAUCAACAAGUAUUAUAUGCAAAACGACCCAAGGUUUGGACAGUUCGUCAGACAUUGUCAACAGAACCCUUUGUUGAAAAAGAGAGGUAUCUCUGAAUGCAUUCUGUUUGUUACGCAUCGACUUACAAAGUACCCGCUGUUGAUUGAACCUCUGAUAAAAACUAGUAAAGACAAUAAGCCGGAACAAGAUACCCUACAAAAAUCUUUAGCUCUAGUUAAAGAGAUUCUAGUCGAAGUGAACGCUCAGGUGGCUGAAAAAGAACAAGAAGAUAGAAAAUUGGAAAUUUAUAACAGGAUCGAUGCUAAAUCUUAUACCAUUCAUCGAGGUCACAAGUUCAAGAAAUCAGAUAUUUUACAAGGCAAUCGUUCCCUUAAGUUCGAAGGUGUUGCUAUGUUGAUGCAAGGAAGAGGAAAGAUGCAAUUGGUUUUAGUUAUUGUGCUAUCAGAUGUGCUCUUUUUCCUUCAGGAAAAUUCGCAUAAGUACACAUUCUUCACUCCUGAUAAUAAAUAUCCUUUUCAGGCGGGUGUCGUAUCCCUUCAAAAAUUAUUGGUCAGGGAAAAAGCUGGCCAAGACUCUAGGGGCAUAUAUCUCAUUUCUUCAAAUCCUGCAGAACCUGAAAUGUUUGAAUUGAAAAUUCAUAAACCCAAAGAUAAACAGACUUGGAUUCAAGCUAUAAGAAAAGCGGUUCAAACAUGUCCAGAGGAUGAUGAGGAGGAACUGGCUUUGAGCUCAGAUGAAAAAUUGGUUCUGCUCCAUAAACAGAAUCAAAUCAAACACAUUGUAGGCUUAUUGAGGCAGAAAGAUGUAGAACAAGCACUGCUCUUGGAGGAAAAGAUGUCUCUUCAAUUGCGUUUAAUGGCUGUAGCAGGAUUAGAUCCACCUUCGCCUCCAUCUUAUAGGCAUCUAGUGAGUGAGACAGCUAACACAGAAAAAAUGUGGAAAGAGGUUCUUAUGGCAGUACAGGAAGUAACGCACCUAGCCAGUUCGCUUUACACCACUGGUACCAAUCUCUCGAGAAGUGUUAGUUCAGCAGGCGAACACCAUAGUGAUACAUAUGUAUCCCCGGUGCUUCCUAAAAGAGCGGAAACAUUCGGCGGAUUCGAUAAUUCCAAUCAAGUUGGUUUCAGACUGUUCAACAGGAAGUCCUGUUCUCCAGACGAUAAUUCCCCUAAGAAUGAAUUCGAGAAUUUGAAACCUCACGAUUCCAAACUAUUGGAGAGUCUACCCUUCAGGAAUUAUGUGAUGAGUGGUACCUCGAUUACAAACGGUAACUCGAACAAUAACGAGGUCAGUAUCGCCAAUCCCGCCCCUCCAACGGAUGCCAAUCUCCUAUCGCUAGGAAGAGAACAACAGUAUGCAGCCAUUCAAUUAUCCCAUUACGUUUAUACCUUGUUGUGUAUAAUUUCGCAACUUAUGACCACCAACGAGUGUCUGCAGGCCGAAGCAAUGGCAAUCAAGAACACUGACGGCUCGAAGCAAUACAAGCAUAAUCAGCAGCUGGAGGAGCUGAGAAAUUUGCAGGAUAAGUUGAGCAAGGAGAAAGCCGAGUGGGCUACUCAGAAAGAACAGGAGAUGCAGGAGAUGGAGGAAAAGAGGAAGGAACUUCAGAGAAUUCAAGAGCAAAUAAAAAUUGAGCAAAACGAUAUAAAGCAGCAGAGAGAGCAGCUCUAUAGGAAAAUGGAGAUUCUAACUAGUCAGGGCUUAUUGAUUUCUCCAAAUAUCGCUUUGCCUGUUACUGGACAAAUUGAUGACAGUAGUAAAGAAACUUCUGAAGAAAAUAGUCCACAGUCCGAUAGUUCAACUUCAAAUUCGAAUUCUCUAUCAGGUAGCACGUAUAGUACGUCAACAGUUGAGAGGAAAAAGGACUCAAAAUGGAACAAAGGAUCUUCCUCGAUGAAAUCUCAAUUACCAGUGAACCUGAUGAGUACCACGAAUCAGUACAAAGUUUCACAGAGUGCAGUUAAACAACAGUUACCUCUCAAAUUAGCUUCGCGGUUAAGUGCUGGAAGCAUAAAUACCGGAACAGGAAAUAGUCCAGUGGGGGUUCAGCAAGUCUUGCCAUUGAAACUCAGUCAACAUGAUGAAAAAGAGCGUAGAACAAGUACUUCUGGCUACCAGAGGCUGGGUUCGGAUAGCUUCAGUCCUACUUCUGGGGAAACGACUCCUACAUUACCACAUGCUCAUAGUAGAACUGGAUCUAGCCCGGCCCUCAUUCAGCAGUGUUCAUCUCCCACUGGCCAAAGUUCUCAGAGUAUACCACAGAGUCCAAGCAAUAAAGCAUCUCGCACUAACACGUAUCCGAAAUUCCCAGACAAAUUUCGGGUAAGAAGUAAUCAUCAGCAUCAUCAUCAACAACAACAGCAAAAUACAGAGGAGGAAGUAAUAUAUUUCUGACGAAAAAGAUGCAAAAAGCUUCUCCUCACAAUAAAACGCCUUUGGGUGCGUGUCGAUGUGUGAGAUGGUAAAAUAUAAAAAAAGUGCAAUAAGAAAAUUUAUCAGCUACCUUUAAAUGGAAAUAGAAAGAUAAUGUUUCAAUUUUUCAACAGAGCAUUUUCGUAACAAGGGGUUUAGAACUAAUUGUUUGACCUGUACAAACAAUUGUGAUAGACUCAAAGUAAGGUGAAA